GAAAGAUGGAAAUCGGUGUUUAUUAAGAACGUAAUCGAAGAACAGACAUGAAACGAUACAAGGUUUAGGCACUUAGAGCAGCCUAUCUCUCCCAGAAAUCCAAGCCCAAAGUCUAAAGUUCUGCCUGCCAAUUCUAUUCCCCCCAACUCCUAUUUAUUCUUUUCCAUAUGGGCCAGCCCACUUGCUAUUUAAUUCAGGGCAACCCCUUUAUUUGUACAAUAUUAAAAGACUAAUAUUAUACUUAUUACUAGUACUAUCUAGAUCUCUAUCAUUACUCCCCCUUUGACAACCACCUUGUCCUCAAGGUGGGCGAUAUGAAACAGCUAUGAUCUUCCACUUCCACUUCAUUCUUGCACCUUUGCCCUCCCAAUACUUGACUGAUUGCUGGACAGGGAACUUCAAUACCAAAUCUUUUGAUAACACAGACAUUACCCUAGCAGAAGAGAUAUCUAAUGAAGGUUCAUUCGCUUCAGUAACUUUCAAGUACUCAAUCACAACCCAUGUCUCUGUACUAGAUGCAAACUUCUCUCUGUACCUUUCAACUUCUUCCUCUUUCAAGUCUUUGCCUACCUCAUAUGAAAAGGAAGACAUAAAAGGGUUUAGCAAGCAAACAAGGAGAUCUACUAUACCAGCAGUAGUUCUCUUAAGUAUGGAACAGGAAUUCCUGUCUUCAAUGUAAGACUUCCACAGUUGGUUUUCUUGCAGAAACUCAAGAUACUAUUCCCAUGUACAAGCACCCAUCUUCCCGCCAGUAUCAUACAAUUGAAUACAUUCUUCAAAUGGACCGAUUUGCUCUAGAUUACUUGCAGCAUCAUGAAACUUUGGUUGAACCUCAACAAUUUUAUCCAUCACACUAAUCUGUGCCCUGUAAUCAGCAUAAUUCUUCCAAUAAACCAACAAUGCAUAAUUCUUCAUAAUGUACCCCUCUGCUUCCUUCUAAGUAUCCUCUAUUUGUGCAGUCCAGGUACCAAAAUCUAGAGCAUUGAUUCUCUCCAGAUUCCCUAAUCGUCCCUCUUCAUAAGAUCGUGCAAAAUCAUUUACUAGCUGAUGCAUAUUGUUAGCAGCAUGUUUAAAGUCUGACUGUAAUCCAUUUUCCAGGGCAUUGAUGAUUGCUGCCUCUCUAGCUUUGCUAUUAACUCCAUCAAUAGCAGCAGCAUACAGGGUAGCAGGAGAUUUAUCUACUUGUCCAGAGAUAGUAAUAAUUUUCCGUUGAGCAGUCUGUGAAAUUAGCUACACUUAUCUUAGGACUUUGAGUUCUAUCCACAAGGGCUGCAGAUGUAACCAGGUCUCCUAUACGUGAAGCUGAAUUUUCCGUACCUAUAGAGAUUUCAGGAACCACUUGGUUCUCCAAUUCAGAAAUAUUUGAACUAGCAAUUUUCUUAUGAGCAGCAUCAUAUUCCUUUGCAGUAGAUGAUUGAGUCCCCACAAAAGUUUUCUCCUCCCCUCCCUCAUCACCAUCGAUGAACGCACCUUUAGAGGGAAGUUGUCGCUGACUCACAUACGGCUGAGGGAUAGACGCUGACUCAACUUGCGCACUGUGAGAAGCCGAUUGCGACCAACCCUGCGAGCUGAGAGGAGCCGUUCGCGACUGCGAGCUGGAAGGAAACAAUAGCGACUAGCUCUGCCACGCGUGAGAAGAUGUAAUAUGGGAUGAAACCUGCGAACAAGGUAGAUGUGUUCACGGCAACGCUGGUAGAGCUGUGAACGACGAAGCUUGCAAACUGGUGAACUCUGCUCGAGGUGAAGAUGGCGAACUGGUAGCAGUUGUCGUCCGCGAAAAAAAUAAUCUCGACUGAGAAGAAACCUGCGCAGACGAUACCUCUCGCGAUGACGAUCUAUGAGGAACAAGUUGAGACGGAGAACUGGAAGGGUGCGAAGCGACUAGUGAAGACAUCUUGGACCUUGUAGUAACCACUAGCGAUCUCCCUCACGCCUGAAUUUGUUCUUUCAUCGCCUUUAGCUGACUGGUGAUGUUUGCCGCCAUGUUCUCUAUUGCUGAACGAUGAUCGUUCAUUGCUGAUCGUAUCUCAAUCAGACUUCGCUCCUGCGCCUCCUGCCUCCCCCGCAUCUCCACUAUGUUUCGCUCCAGAUUAUCCAUCUGAAUCUCCAUAUUCGCCCUCGUUUUGACCAUUCCACACAGAAACGGAGGUGUUACUGAAGUCGCCUCUCUAUUCCAAUCACAAGGAGCGAGUGCUCUGAUACCAAUCGAAGAACAGAAAUGGAACGGUACAAGGGUUAGGCACUUAGAAAUCCCAGCCCAAGGUCUAAAGUUCUGCCUGCC